AUGGCGCAGAACAGAGCCCCGAUCCCGUUGCCCGGGCCUGAAGCCGAAAUUCGACCCGUCAAUUCGGUCGCCACGGCUGUGGACACGGCAACGAUUAUUGACGACAGCCCGUACAUGGUCCUCAGGGAUGUCGGCUCAACCGCGGGGGGUCGACCUGCGGAGAAGCUGCGUGAAUUCAUGCAAAAGUACCCGGAUAUGGCAAAGUUUUCGCAGAUGGAGCUCACCGCUCGCCCGGUGGAAACUCUCCCACUUCGAUCUCAUCUAGCCCUGUCGUCGAACGAGAAGCUCGAGCUGUGCUGCCGGAAGCAGCGGCUUUCAGCCCGCUGCUCGCAGCUGUGCAACUUUGACACCUUUACAGACAAGUCGCUUGUCACUGCCGUACUAACACUGCAAUGCCCGGGGCCAGAGCUCGGCCGAGCUUUCGACUGCGCCUCGUCAAAGGCUGACCAUACCGAGUGCUGCGCUCUUGGCGGGCUGUCAAACUUCUUGGGUGGGCGAUGCCUGCCGUUUUGCCAAACGCACCGGGACACACCGCCGAAUAUUGUCGACUAUCUGCCCUGUCUGCAGGUGUUCGAGGUGUUCAAGAAUUGCUUCCGCGACUAUCAAACGAAGCACAAGAAUCUUUUCGGAGAC